AUGCCACCGCCCCCCACCGCACCCAUCGCCAUCGCCAUCGCCACCGCCACAACCUCCUCCCCCGACCCCCUGCAGUCCCUCGACGGCCCCAGCAUCUACACCUUCCCCGUGCACCCCCUCCCCCACCCCCACCCCCACCCCCACCCCCACCCCCACCGCACACACAAGCCAAAGCCAAGCACACCGCUGCGAAAGACACUCACCCACACGAGCUCGCCCUCGCGCUCCCCGUGGCGCAUCAAGGUCGUCGUCGAAGCCUCACGCGCCUCCUCCUCCGAACCAGAAUUCGCAGUAGAAGCAGAGGAGAGGGACAUUAAACCGCAGAUUAAACUACUACAACACCACCCUGCACACAUGGAAACGACAAAGACAACAAAGAUCCCUCUCCGCGGCCUCAGCAGCCCCAGCGAGCUACCACUCCCACACGACACCCCGCGCGACGCACAGACACAGACACUACAAAAGCGGCGGCCCACGCCGGCGCGCCGGAGACGCACGCUGACGCCCGGCGCUGUACGCCCCACCUCCUCCUCCUCCGCCGCCGCGUGGGGUAAUGCAAAAGGGAAACACACGCCUACACCCAGACACGCAGCAGAGUCGCCCCGGAAGACAGCAGCGGCACCGCAGUCCCCCCCGCGACGGACCCAGGCACCCCUCGAGACGCCGCGCUCCCCGCGAAAGACCCCAUCGCCACGGAAGAAGCAACACUCCUCGCCGUCGCCGUCGCCGAGGAAGGUCCGCCCGCUGCAGCUGUUCCAGAGUACGCCGACGAGCAACGAUGAUGAGAUGGAGGGGUUUAGUAUCAUCGACACCAACAGUCUCCUGCCGGACUUUGCGUCGACGAACGUUCCGGCUGUCAUCCGUGAAGACGACGAGGAGGAGGAGGAGGGGGAGGAAGAGGAAGAGGAGGAGGAGGUGCACAUGGGCAACAUGCUCGCCUCCUCCUCAGACACAGAAGAGGAGCUGCCGGACUUCACCUUCGCCGAGGACGACGACGACGCGGGGGAGGGGGAGGGGGAGGGGGGUGCGCCAGAGGGCAUGUGGGAGGACGAUCCCGUGGGCGUGGACAGCUUCUACGGCGCCGACCACCCGCGCAGCCAGUCGCAGUCCCAGAUCUUCCGCAGCUCCCCGCCAGCAGUACUAUCGCUCAAGCGGCGGCGCACGGCGUCGACCACGCCACGGAAGCGCUACAGUGUGCAGCAGCAGCCGCUCGACCAGGACGCGCAGGAGGCGCUGGAUAGGCAGCGGCUGGAGGAGAUGAUGGCGCUGAGCUCUGACGAGGAUCCGGAUGCGACGGAGGAGGAGGGGGAGGAGGAGGAGGAGGAGGAGGAGGGUAUGGACGAAGACGAAGACGAAGACGCCGACCGCUACGCGGAGCCGGAAUGGUCGGAGCCCCCCGGCCCCCCCGCACGCACGUUCACGCCCCCGCUGGAGCUCACGCCGCCGCCCGCGCGCGCGCUGCAGAAGACGUGGGCGUCCCAGCGCGCGGGCGUGAUUGCGGCGGCGGCGCGCGCAAGCGCCGUCACGGUCACGAUCGAGGAGGACGAGAUUGAGCAGGACACGCUGGAGGCGGAGCGGAUUGUGCGCGAUAUGUGGGAGGUGGAGGCGGGGCCGCGGAGUGAGGCGACGCCGAUGAGGAGAAGGAGGGUUGUGGAGGUAGACGACGAAGAUGGGGACGAGGAAGAGGAGGAGGGGGGGAUCAGUGAUACGAUUGUCGUGGCGGGCUUUGGCGCGGAGCCCGUGGGCGGGACGCCGGUGGGCAUGAGUACGGGUGCGUUUGAGGCGUCGAUGGUGCGAAGGCAGCGGGAGAUGGAGCGGAGUGGCGUGUUUGGCGCUGCUGCCGGCCACUACGAGGAGCAGGAAGAGGAAGAACAGGAGGAAGAGGGCGUGCAGACACCGCCGAUGAAAGACCGGCUGCGGCGCACCACCCGGGAGGCAUCCGCGACACCGAGGCCCAUCCGGGACGCUACGCCGCGGCGGGCAACAAGGGAGAUGACGCCGCGGGCGAGAGCAGCAACACCGAGACUGACUGCACGGGCUGCAACACCGCGCGUGGUGGCAGAGAACCCGCCGUCGCCGAGGAAGGCGUCGCCGGUGAAGCCCACGCUGCGCCGGAGCACCCCGCGGGCAGUGAGAGCAGCAACACCGAGAGCGGUAACGCCGAAAACGACAAGAGCACCAAGAGCGCCGACACCAAGAGUGGCGGCAGAGAACCCGCCGUCGCCGAAGAAGGUGUCGCCGCGGAAGCCGACGCCGCUGCGGAGGAGCGCCAGAGAAGGGACGCCGAGAGCUGCAAGAGCCACGAGAGAAGCUACACCACGAGUAGUGGCCGAGAACCCGCCGUCGCCGAGGAAGGCGUCGCCGAUGAAGCCGGCGCCGACGCCGCUGCGGAGGAGCGCCAGAGAGGCUACACCAAGAGUAGUGGCCGAGAACCCGCCAUCCCCGAAGAAGGCGUCACCGAUGAAGCCGCUACGGGGGAGUGGCAGAGAGGGGACGCCGAGAGCUGCGAGGGAGGCCACGCCACGAGGAGUAGCGGAGAACCCGCCAUCCCCGAAAAAGGCAUCGCCGCGGAAGAUGUUGUCGCCGGCGAAGUCGCGCGUCGAGAAGGCGAAUGCGAGGCUUGCCAGGAUUCGGGCGAGGAAGGCGGCGGCGGCUGCUGCUGCUGCGGGUGGGCCAAAGACGCCUGCUCGCCGUGGGCAGUCGCCCCCGAAGCAGCCUGUACCCGUCCCGGAGCCGGAAAUAGUCCCAGAGCCAGUGCUAAAGCCGGUGCCAGAAGUGCAACCGCAAGCCGGGGGGAGCAGCAGAGAGCAGCUAACCCCCCCAACCUCAUUCAGCACGACCCCCGACCCCCAACCGCCGAACGCGGUAUUCGACAACUUCCAGAAACUCGCGCCGCCGGUGGUGGUGCCAGUGCCAGUGCCAGCGGCCGCGGAAGAGCCAGUGGUGCCGGUGCCGCCGGAGAUGAAGGCGUAUAUCACGCCGGUGGAGCCUGUUGCGGUGCCACGGCGGAGGCUGGGGGAUACGAGUUUUGGUGGUGGGAAUACGUCGUUCGGUGCUGGUGGUGGUGGGGGGAAUGCGUCUUUUGGGGGUGGGGGCAAUAACAGGGAGUCGGCGGCGUCAAGGGGGCGCGAGUCGGCGUCUACGUCGUUCACCACUGCGCGCGGCAGGAACUCUGCCUCUGCGUCUGCUUCUGCCGCUACGUCGUUCAACCGGGAGUCUGGCACUGGCGCACCACGGGGCCAGAGCCAGAGCCAGAGCCAGCGCGCGUCUGCCUCUGCGUCGGCAUCUGCUUCGUUCAACAGCGCCCAUGAGUCCGCCCCCGCCCCUACUGUCCCUACCGCACCCACUGCUGCCCCGGCCAGACGUAUCCACCGCCCCGGCGCCCGCACCACCACCACCACCACCACCGCGCCCCCUCCACCACCACCCCCCCCCGCACCCACAUGGGAAAAGCGCCACUGGCGCCUCCUCGAGCGCUACCUCCACUCGCACACGCCCCUCACACCCGACAUCGCGCGCCUGACGUACCACAUCUCGAUCGACGACCCGUCGGUGCUCGGCGAGGCGGUGCUGGGCGAUCCGGGGCUCAACGUGGUGGCGCUGGCGGGGGGCGAGAGGGCGCUUGUGUUGACGGGGCGUGAGGUUGCCGCGGUGAGGAGGUUUGUGAAGAGGAUGCAGGAUGAGGGCGGGGUGGUGGAGAGGGGGUGGGGGGUUGAGUUCGUGGCCGGGAAGGUGGGGGCGUUGAAGGUGGCGGGGGUGAGGAGGCGGCUGAGGGGGGAGGGGAGAGGGGGAGGGGAGAGGGGGAGGUAG